AUGAAGAAUUUCGACACACUCAUCAAGGAUACACUGCACACCGUUUCCGACCCGGUUCGCCAGUCCAAGCCCCGCGGCAAGAUGAACGAGGACAACAACUACGAGCUACUCGCUCUCGAUUUCAACAAGGAGGGCCCUGCCAUCGUAGCGCAGGCGACGUGA